AUGACCGAGGCGAGUCAGGGAGAGGAUUCGUUCUAUCACGACCUGAAUAACACCUCUGAUCUCAGUGAUGAAGAGAGCUACCUCAUCAGCCCCGGCCCCCAAGCAGCUUCUCCCUGGCCUGCGCGCUGUGGCUUCAGUCCUCGUGCCCACGGGCCCGCCGACCACCUUCUUCCAAGGGCAGGCUUAACUACCGGUACUAUUCGGUCCGGAGCUGAUCCUGGACCGCCUUGCCUCUCGUGCGCUGCAGUCAGACCUGCCCAAACUGCUCGCAAAAACUUCGUGACGCGCUGUGCUUCUCCCCCGUCUGGCGCGCUCGAAGCCCCGCUGAUGGGCUACGCGAGCGAGCCCCAGACGCCGGCGCAGCAGCACCCGAGCGGUCCCCCCCCCGCCGCGGCCAGCGCCCCCUCCAGUCCCUGCGGCUCUUCGUCCCGCGGAGCUGAGCUAAGGAAGCCGCGCCCUUUGUGCAGGGUCAGACUGGCUUCCUCUCAGCCUCGUGCCCUUACUCGCAAGAGCGGCGUGCCCCGGACAGAUCGGAAGGCUCAAAGUAUUUUUGAAAUUAGCACUCUCUGCCAAAAGGAACUGUUGCCGCUGGCAGUGAGCGCGCCCUUCCUUUCUGCCGGCGCCGCGCGCUGGCCCGAGCACCGCCAACCGCCUUCAGAUACCUCCGAAACCUCGUCACCUCUAAGAGUCACGCACGCGACUCACUUCGACAAAACCGGUUCGCUUAAAGAACCGUCUGUAUAUACGACGCACGACCAGACCUCCCUCCCCACACCACCUGCUCCUCUGCUGUCCUCCGGCACCACAGCGCCAUCGAACGCUCCUCCUCCAGCUGUCGCCACAGCGAGUCCCAGCAUCGCGGAGCCAUCUGUCACAGCAGUUCUGCCACCUACCUCAUCCAGCUCCUCCACAGCACCAGCCUCCGCAGAUUCCCUCGCACCCCCUUCUGUACCGUCUCCGAAGAUACUGGCGGUCUUCAGUGCUACAAGUGACCUUGGCAAUCGCCACAGCAGUCGGUCCCCGGCGGCCGCCCGGCGCCAGAGGGACCUCGAGCUGAUGUGA